UUAUAGGUGAGCAAGAGGAUCCUAAAGUCUAUGCCAAUUCAAGACACCCUUUAAAAUUACGGACAGUCUUCAGGCACUCUUUAAAAUUAGGGACAGUCCCAAGGCAUCCUUUAAAAAUUAGGGACAUUCCCAAGGAAUCCUUUAAAAUUAGGGACAGUCCCAAGGCAUCCUUUAAAAUUAGGGACAGUCCCAAGGAAUCCUUUAAAAAUUAGGGACAUUCCCAAGGCAUCCUUUAAAAUUAGGGACAGUCCCAAGGCACGCUUUAAAAUUAUGGACAGUCCCAAGGCAUCCUUUAAAAUUAGAGACAGUCCCAAGGCACCCUUUAAAACUAGGCACAGUCCUGAGGCACCGUUUAAAAUCAGAGACAGUCCCGAGGCACCCUUUAAAAUUUGGGACAGUCCCGAGGCAUCCUUUACAAUUAGGGACAGUCCCAAGGCAUCCUUUAAAAUUUGGGACAGUCCCAAGGCAUCCUUUAAAAUUUGGGACAGUCCCAAGGCAUCCUUUAAAAUUUGGGACAGUCCCAAGGCACCCUUUAAAAUUAGGGACAGUCCCAAGGUAUCCUUUAAA